AUGGAUGGCAUGACGGAUUUGGCCCUGGUGCUGCCAAAAAUUGUUGGAGACGACCCCGCUGACUUUGAUUCUUCGCCUGAGCAGCCGUAUGCCGAGAGUAUCGAGUCUCCCAAUGACAUGCUUGUCGAUCCCGAAGAUUUAAUUGUCGAUUCGGAUUUGAACGAGAAAGACGAUGUGAUCAACAUCAACCCAGACAGCGAUGGCGAACCUGCACAGCGCGCCGACGAUUAUGAGGCGAUGAAAAACCUGGUCCUACCACCCCUCCCCGAACAGCCAGAAACUCUUGCGGAAGGCUACCACACAUGGCACAUAGAACAGUGGAGGGGAGCGAAGAGGAGAGAGCAUGGACCUGUUUUCGAAGUUGGUGGUUUCCCUUGGCGCGUGCUCAUGUUUCCUUAUGGUAAUAACGUCGAUCAUGCUUCUUUUUAUCUGGAACAGGGUUAUCCGGAUGGGCCUCCAGAAGAUUACACAUGUUGCGCGCAGUUUGGACUUGUUCUCUGGAAUCCGAAAUGUCCAGAACUGUAUACACACCAUACCGCGCACCAUCGCUUCACCAAGGAGGAGGGCGACUGGGGCUUUACACGCUUUGUAGAGUUGAGGAAGCUAUGGAACUCUACUUGGGAAGAUAGUGGACGCUUGCUGGUUGAAGGCGAUGAGGCAAUGGUCACAGCCUAUGUUCGAGUGGUAAAAGAUGAGACCGGCGUUCUUUGGCACAAUUUUUUGAAUUAUGACUCGAAGAAGGAGACUGGCUUUGUAGGAUUGAAGAACCAAGGCGCGACAUGCUACCUCAAUUCGCUGAUUCAGUCAUUAUACUUUACGAAUGCGUUUCGAAAGGCUAUCUACCAGAUACCAACCGGAGACGAGGAGACUUUGUCGAAUUCGGCAUAUACCCUUCAACGACUAUUCUACCAACUUCAGACAUCUGAUAACGCUGUUGGAACUAAUGAACUUACGAAAUCUUUCGGUUGGGAAACGCGACACAUAUUUGAGCAGCAAGAUGUACAAGAAUUAUCACGGAAGCUUAUGGAGCGAAUGGAAGAAAAAAUGAAAGGCACUGAGGCCGAAAAUGUCUUGCCUAGUCUGUUCUCUGGAAAGGUUAGAACCUACAUUUCAUGCAUAAAUGUCGAAUACGAAUCUCGCCGAGUUGAAGAUUUCUGGGACGUCCAGUUGAAUGUCUCUGGUAAUAGAAGUAUCGAAGAGGGAUUCAAGGAUUAUGUCCAGGUCGAGACGAUGGAUGGUGAAAAUCAGUAUUUUGCGGGCGACGAAUUCAAACUACAAGACGCAAAGAAAGGCGUCAUCUUCGAAUCUUUCCCGGAAGUUCUUCACUUACAACUUAAGCGUUUCCAGUACGAUAUAGAGCAUGAUGCCAUGAUGAAGGUUAACGAUCGUUACGAGUUUCCAGAGACCUUUGAUGCCGAGCCAUAUUUGUCUACAGACGCGGAUCGAUCAGAGCCAUGGAUUUACAAGCUUCAUAGUGUUCUCGUACACAGUGGAGAUCUGAAUGCUGGACAUUAUUACGCUUUCAUUAAACCUACGAAAGAUGGCUGGUUCUACAAAUACGACGAUGAUAAGGUCACCAAAGCAACGUUGAGAGAGGCGCUUGAGGACAAUUUCGGUGGAGAAUAUACAGUUAACGGCACAGUCCAUAUGUCAAAGGCUGGAACUCCACUCAUGCGCCAGAACAGCGCGUACAUGUUGGUAUACAUCCGAGAAUCGAGACAAGACAAGGUGUUGCUUCCCGUUCUACAAGAAGAUACCCCUCCGCAUUUACAGAGGAAGCUUGAUGAGGAGGCUGCUGUUCGAGAAGCUCGAAAAAAGGAGCGUGAUGAACAGCAUCUUUACCUCUGGGUGAAAGUGAUCACGGAGGAUACCUACAAUGCGCAUGGCGGCACUGACCUGACCAAUUUUGAUGCAAAUCAUGAUGUCGACCCUGCCGCGGCUAGACCUUAUCGUAUGCUGCGGAAAGCCACAUUACGAGAAUUAAUAGAUAAGGUCGCGGAGGACACCAAUGCUGAUCCCAACAAAUUACGUCUUUGGAGUAUGGUCAAUCGACAAAACAAAACCACUCGACCUGACAUGCCACUAAGCAAUCUGGAUGUAACUCUCGAGGAAGCGCACCAGAAGCUUGUUGGGAGUAAGACAGCCGAGCUACGGUUGUGGGCGGAACCUGCUCAGGAAGGUGUGGACAAGGAUGGAAAUGCCAUUUGGCCCGUUCAUCCUAGCACGCCUAAUGGUGUCGCCCACAGGACGGAUUUGUUCCUUCUUUUCUUAAAGUAUUUCGAUGUGGACAAUCAACAGCUGAGUGGUGCCGGACACAUCUAUAUCAGUAGAGACAAGAAAGUUGAAGAGUUGGCUCCUGUCAUCUUGAAGAAGAUGGGCUGGCCCGAGAAAUUGCCUUCUGGGGAAAGGUUGGCGUUGAAACUAUUCGAGGAAAUCAAACCUAGCAUGAUAGAGCCUUUGAAAGCGAAGCAGUCAUUGAAGGCGGCUGAGCUUCAAGAUGGUGAUAUCGUUUGUUUUCAGAAAUCGACCGAUUCGAGAGUUUCGUCGGAGUCAGAUCGGGAGAGUGUAAGUCUGAAGAGUGUCCCCAUCGACGGUCGAAUCGAGGAUGCUCGGCAAUUCUAUGAUUUCCUCGUCCAUAGACGAGUGGUCCGCUUUCACCCACACCCAGUACGGAACGCCAAUCCCGAGGAAUUCGAAAAUUUCAGUUUAAUUCUGAGCGCCAAACACUCGUAUGAUCAGAUGGCCGCUAAGGUUGGCGAGAGGCUAGGCUUGGAUGGCACCCACCUUCGAUUCUGGACCGUAAAUGCAACCACCAACAAUCCGAAAGCAGCGGUCAAGCGAGGUCCAUCACAAACUUUACAAACGAUCCUCAAUCCUCCAUAUAGCACGUUUAGCAACAACAAUCAAAGGUUUGACUCGCUAUUCUUUGAGGUCCUGGAGAUCAGUCUGUCGGAACUUGAUACCAAGAAGCCUGUCACUGUGUAUUGGCUGAGCGAAGGCGUUUCCAAAGACGAGGCUGUCAACAUUCUUGUUCCCAAGAAUGGCAACGCACAAGAUGUAGUUAAUGCCUUGAUCAAGAAAGCCGGGAUUGACGACGAAGAGACAGGAGGCCCUAUUCGACUGUAUGAGUUGCACAGCCACAAGAUUCAUAAAGAACACACUCCUCCUCGGAAUCAAUCUGUAAUCAGCAUUACCGACUAUGUUACACUCGUUGCAGAAAGGAUACCGAAAGAAGAUCUCGAUGCGCAGCAGAAUGAGAUCAUCCAAGCAUUCCAUUUCCAAGGUGAGCCAAACAAGGCUCAUGGCAUUCCUUUUAGAUUCCGCAUAAUGGAAAAUGAGAAGUUUGCGGAUACCAAAAAGCGACUUGAGAAGAGGAUGGGUGUCAAAGGCAAGAACUUUGAGAAGAUCAAGUUUGCUGUUGUCAAGAGAAGCUCAUACUCUAAGCCGACAUAUCUGAAUGAUGAGGAUGUUAUCUGGGAAAUAGCAAGUAACGAUGAUGACAUGCUUGGAUUGGAUCACAUUGAUCGAACACGCGUUAUCCGUAACGGCGCUGGGGAUCUCUUUUUGAAGUAG